AUGGCUAUCUCAUUUGACCAACAAUACUUUGUCGAAAAGGAUAGAAAUAAUAAAUAUGAAUGGUUAAUUUUCGUUGUCACAUUUUUCCUACUAGGUCUUCAUGGUGCUCUUUUCCACUGGAUCCCAAUGAAACUAAGACAGAAUCGAAGUAAACAUGAUAAAUAUUUCAAGUUUUUAAAGUUUUGGGAUAUAUGGACAAGUUGUGUCAAUAUUAAAGGUUUUUAUUUUCAACCAAGUCUUCUAUUAUUAGGAGUUCUCUUUGCAGGUAUAAAUGUUUUGUUCUGUUUUCUUGAAAUUAAUGAUAUCGAUUAUCAACCAAAAUUCUAUGUUAUGUCUAAAAGAAUCCUGAAAGUCGCUGUGGGAAGUUUACCAUUCAUGAUGUUUUCCGUUGCAAAACAUGAUAUUCUUACUAAUUUUACUGGAUUACAACAUGACCGUUUAGAAUUUUUACAUAAAUGGUUAGCAAGAUUAAUGUGGGUAAUGAUAACUAUUCAUAUGAUUAUGGCCAUGGUUUAUUGGUUGAACCUUAACUUUGUAAUCAUGAUUCAAAUUCCACCACAAAUCUUUGGUUUCAUUGCCUACGGUAGUUUCUGUGUUUUAACAUGGGCAAGUGUCAAAUUUAUUAGACAAUUAGCUUAUGAUUUCUUUUUGGUACAACAUCGAGUCUUUGCAUUUAUUAUGCUCUUGCUUUCAUUUUUCCAUAACGCGGGAAAUAGAGCUGCUGUGUUAAUCGCAGUACAUGGUUUAGUUAUUGACAGAGUGGUAAGUAAAGUAAUGGCUCAUAUUCAUGCAGCAAAAUCUCCAACUAAAGGAAGAUGUGAUUUCAAAAUAUUGGAUAAUGAUACCAUUGCUGUUUGGAUCCCAGUUUCGGAAGCCAACUAUGUCACCCAAUCGUGGUAUACCAGAUUUCUUCCUGCCUAUAAAACUUGGAAGGCAGGUCAACAUAUUUAUUUUAAUGUUUCAAAAAUUAAAUUUUUCCAGUACCACCCAUUCACAAUUGCAAGCAUUGCAGAGACCGGUAAGAUGAAGUUGUUAAUUAGAGUACAAAAAGGUUUCACCAGACAGCUUAUGAGACAUCUUGAGCAAGUUGACCAUGAUGUUGUUACCAUUAAAGGAUUCUUCCAUGGUCCAUAUGGUGCCCGUAUGCAACCUUUAAUUCCAUUUGACGUCUCUUUAUUCUUUGCUGCUGGUUCCGGAGGUGCAUUCACAUUUCCAGUUUGCUUGGAUUUGUUGAACCAAUUGGAAAAGAGAGAUGAUGCUGGUGACUUUUUGUUCCGUCCAAGUCAAAAACAAAUUAGAUUCAUUUGGAGUAUUAAAAAACUUGAUAACCUUUGUUGGUUUGAAGAUGAAUUGAAAGCCCUCACAGGAAGAUGCAUCAUUGAUAUUUAUGUCACACAAGAAUCAAAGAUCGAACUGUCUAGUUCAGAUGAUGAUUACCAAACCCUGGAACUGGACACAUCAAAUCUUAAGGACCUGGUUCGUCCCGUUAGUGUUCUGAAGAGUCUGAUUAAUGAAAUUACCAGACAGACAUCCAAUGAUUAUACCAUCCAUUAUGGAAGACCAGACAUAAGUAGCAUUAUUGAAAUGCAUUCUACACAACUUUGUCCAUCACAAUCAGUAUCUGUCUGCUCUUGUGGUGCACCAUCAUUCACCAACUCAGUUAAAGAGCUGUGUCAAAAGGCUAGAAAGUUGAAAAAUUCUCCAGAUGUAUAUUGUUAUACAGAAUCUUUUUAG